UUGCAGCGCGGACGGAAGCCGUCUUUUGGCGCGGUGUCGUCCAUCUUGCGGUCCAUUUCGUGCUCGGGUCUCCUUGAUUCCGCCGCUCUCUUGUCGAGAUCCCUCCGCUGGUUGGGCAGACGGGUCCAGGUUCGGUGAAGCAGACGCAGCUCGGUUAUGGCGGCGGUUAGCAUGACUCCCGGCCGAGAUGUGGGUCGGUCGGCGGCCUCCACGCCGCUUUCGCCGACUCGUAUCUCCCGGCUGCAGGAGAAGCAGGACCUGCAGCAGCUCAACGACCGACUGGCCGUCUACAUCGAGCGGGUGCGGGCGCUGGAGCUCGAGAAUGACCGGCUGAUGGUGAAGGUGUCUGAGAAGGAGGAGGUGACCACGAGGGAGGUGACGGGCCUGAAGGCGUUGUACGAGGCAGAGCUGGCUGACGCUCGCCGGGUUUUGGAUGAAACCGCCAGAGAGAGAGCUCGGCUCCAAAUCGACCUGGGGAAGGCACAGGCGGACCUGGAGGAGGCCACGCGCAGCGUCAAGAAGAAGGAGGCUGACCUGGCUGCCGCCGUGUCCCGGGCCAACGGGCUGGAAGGUCAGCUGCACAAAAGUGAGGCCGCUUUGAGCACCGCCCUGAGCCAGAGCGCCGCGCUGACCUCAGAGCUCGGGGAGGUCAAGAGCCUGCUGGCCAAGGCGGAGGAUGGUCAUGCCGUUGCCAAGCGCCAGCUGGAGGCGGAGACUCUGAUGCGUGUGGACCUGGAGAAUCGCUGCCAGUCUCUGAGUGAGGAGCUGGAGUUCAGGAAGAACAUGUUCGAGGAGGAGAUGCGGGAGUCUCGCCAUCACCAGGAGCAGCGGAUCGUGGAGGUGGACUCUGGAGCCCGACAGGAGUACGAGUUCAAACUGGCCCAGGCCUUACAGGACCUGAGGAAGCAACAUGACGAGCAGGUCACCUUCUACAAGGAUGAACUGGAGAAGACUUUCCAGGCCAAGCUGGACAAUGCUCGUGUUUCCUCUGAGAUGAACGACGCAGCGAUGGACGCAGCAAGGGAGGAGCUGCAGGAGUCCCGCUCCAGGAUCGAGAGCUUGAGCUACACGCUGAGCAGCCUUCAGAAGCAGGUUGGCACUUCAGAGGAUCGGAUCAGGGAGCUGGAGGAGAUCCUGUCGGCCGAUCGGGACCGGCACCGCCGGGCCAUGGAGGGGAAGGAGCUGGAGAUGAGCGAGCUGAGGGAUCGCAUGAACGCUCAGCUGAGCGAGUAUCAGGAGCUGCUGGACGUGAAGCUGGCUCUAGACAUGGAGAUCAACGCCUACAGGAAGCUGCUGGAGGGGGAGGAGCACAGGCUCAAACUGUCCCCCAGCCCCUCCGCCCGUGUGACGGUCUCCAGAGUCACGGGAUCUUCCUCUUCUCGCUCCACCAAGAGAAAGUGGUCUGAGGUUGAGGCCCAGGAGGAGGCGGGGCAAGCAGAGGAGCAGCUGUUGGUGUCGGAGGAGGCCACGUCCACCGGAUCUGUGAGCAUCUGUCCUACAGACAUGGAUGGAAACUCUGUGAAGCUCACCAAUGACACGGAUCAGGACCAGCCUUUGGGCAGCUGGAGGCUGAGAAGACAGGUGGACAACGGCGAGGAGGUGGUCUACAAGUUCUCCCCCAAGUUCGUGCUGAAGGCUGGGCAGUCGGUCACGGUGUGGUCCGCUGACGCGGGAAAGCCCCACGCCCCGCCCUCCGAGCUGCUGUGGAAGAGCCAGGCCUCCUGGGGGACAGGUAGCAUCAUCGUCACUUCUCUGAUCGAUGCCAGCGGCGAGGAGGUGGCCAGGAGGUGUGCUACUAGGAGUCAGGUGGAAAUGGAGAACGGCGAGGAGGAGAACGGCGAGUCAGGAGUGACUCAGAGGGGCCGGGUCUCCUCCAGAGAGUGCUGCGUCAUGUGAGGCUCCUGCAGCUCCUCCUUCAGGAGCCGCUCCGACUGCUCCUCAUAGUUUGUGUGGUUGCAAACGCUCUCGUCAAUUUAGGAACCAUGGACCCGUCCAUGUGGCAGAGAGCGCCUCCUGUAGGUCUGCAGAGAAACUGGAGUUCCGCCCAUCAUUCCCACCAUCUCCUGAUGCAAACCUCUUUAAGAACCCAGGUGGACCCCACCCAGUCCGAACCCGGUUCAGUCCGGAACCACCCUGCUGGGUUUUUCACUCAGACUGGUCUUUGGGGUUCUGCAGGAAGGUUUACUUUCAUUUUGGACCUCUCUGUUCCUGCAGAGAACCAGAGUCCGUAGAGGGUCUGGCUCAGAGAGCUGCUGCUCCUUCAUACGGGUCAGAACCAGCCAAGGCGUGAACAUGUGUGAGUCUGUCUGUGGAUGGUUUCCAGUUUCUGAGGAGCAGACCUUGAUCCAGAGCUUUUAGUUUUGGCCCCUUGAUUGUGUAAAAGUGAGGUUCUGGUUCUGCUCUGAUUUCACAUGUAAACCGGACCUUAGAAGGCCUUGAGGAAUAGGAGGUCACAUAGUUAAAGCUGCUGGCUGUCCCAUUCUUCUGGACCCAGAAAACCUCCCUAAAGAGACCUCACACUUGUUGAGCUUGGUUCUGAUCCAUCUGAGUGGGCCAGUCAAAUGGAUCAGAACCAUCACCCUGUUCUUCUAUCAGUACUGAAAAGGCGGUUCUGCAGGACCCCAUUUGUCUCCACGACAAUUCUUAAUAAUGGUUGCGUGGAGAAGUCUAGAUGACCCGGUCUAAGGUCCUUCAGGUCCAGAUCUCCUCAUGCAGGUUCUGGAUGCACUAAAUUAAAUCUACUCCGGCCAAGAGGAUGCUCUGGCCAGAAUCUGAUGGUAUUUUUGGUGAUAUAUCGGGUCAGCCUUGUUCUGAUGUAGAAUUUCUGGAUCUUCAUCGUGUUCUAGAGUUUGGGAAACAUUAAGACAAGGUUUGGGCAGAACCAGAACUGAUCCAAGGUGUCCAGAAUCACAGGGUCAGACUCCCAACACUCCACAACACUGCUUUGGACUCUCCUGGUUCUGCAGGUCCAGACAGCUCUUGAUUUUCUGGACUGUCCGGUCCGGUUGCUUUAACAAAUAGUACUGACAGUGUUCGGGUCCUCUGGGGUUCUGAUCAGAACCAUAAAUUCUGGAGCUUGUGGCAAUUUUGGCAGAACUCCAUUUUCUCGUGUUUCCAUAACUAGUUAUUUUAGUUACCCUGUAACCUGUGUGUUAACUGUAGGGGGAAGUGGGGGGAGGGGGGUUUGAUAAGACACUAUGUGAUCCAUCAGAACCAGUGUUAAUGAGAAGAGAACAACCUGCUGCAGAAGUCCUGAGCGAUCCGGGCCGGUUCGGCUGCAGCAUGUGACCCGUUCUUCUGGGAACUUUUUAUUAUUAUUAUUAUUGCUGAAUUUUAACAAGCUGGCGUUUUUUUCGUGAAGGUUCCUCCAUGAAAACUCGUCCGCUAACUUUUCUACACAAAUAAAGACUUUACACAAACA